UCCUCAUCAAAAUAUAUCUUUUGUCAUUUUUUGUGUUUCAGGCUGUAGACGAACUGAAUAUCAAAACCAAGAACUUUAAGGAUCUAUUGACAGAUGAAACAUUUCAAAAAAAGGAUAUCAUUACCUUGCAGGACCCUUCCAACUUAGAGAAGUUUAAUCUUUCAAACUUCUACCAUCUGAAGAAAAACCUGAAAAUUAUUGAUGAAGAGGAAGAAAAAGCCAAGGCCAGUGGAAUGUACACUUUGAAAGCCAUUGGUUCGACAGCCAAGAACAUUCUAGAUGAAUUAAAUAAGGAGUACAAACCUCCAGAAAAAAAUGAAAAAGCAAAGGUUGUAGCUGAUAAAUUUAAUGCUGCACAUUUUUCUACUGGUGCUGUUGCUGCUGGUUUCACUUCCACAACUUUUGAACCAACUACAAAGCAUGAAUCUGCCAUCCUCGAAGAUGAUAUUGUUCGGUACAGCAGAGUAAAGAAGAAAGGAUAUGUUCAACUACUGACCAACUGUGGCCCCUUGAACCUAGAGUUGCACUGUGAUCUCACACCAAAAGCAUGUGAAAACUUCAUCAAGUUAUGCCAGAACAACUACUAUAAUGACACCAUUUUCCACCGCUCAAUUCGUAACUUUAUGAUCCAAGGAGGUGACCCAACAGGUACUGGAAAGGGUGGGCAGUCAUUUUGGGGGGAACCUUUCAAGGAUGAAUUCAGACCUAAUCUCUCUCACCAGGGGCGUGGGAUACUCAGCAUGGCUAAUUCUGGAAGAGAUAUUAACAAAUCACAGUUCUUCAUCACAUUCCGAUCCUGUCAACAUUUGGAUAGAAAACACACCAUCUUUGGAAGGGUUGUGGGUGGUCUUGAUACACUAAAUAACAUCGAAAGAAUUGAAACUGACGACAAGGAUAAGCCUAUUGAAGACAUCAAGAUUCUGAAGGUUGCUGUCUUUGUUAACCCUUAUGAAGAGGUUGAUGAACAGUUAGCUAAAGAGAGAGCAGAAGAAUACAAGAAAAAAGAGGAAGAAAAAAAAGCCACGACUACGAAUAAAAAAAGUAUCCAACUGAAGGUUUUCAGAGAAGGAGUUGGGAAGUACCUAAAUUUGGAAGAGAGUAAAGGUAAAGAAAAGGAUUUGCCUACACCACCACUGAAGAAGAAAAAGAAAGUUGUGGCUGGAGGUUUUGGAAAUUUUAGUUCAUGGUGAUCAACGUACAGCCAAACAUCUGUAAAUAUAGAUAACAUAUACAAGUAAUAUGGGAUACUAUUUGAUCAUCAACUGUUGUAAUGUUACUAUACCUUUUUUAUUCACUUCAAGUUAUUCCUAAGGAAAACUUAAAUCAUUAAAAGCACCAUUUUCUAUUAGAAUUCUGUACAAUGCAUUAAAUUACUGACUUAUAGUUGCUUAGGAAAGAAAAUGCUAACAAAGAAUUAGACAUACAGUCAGCUACAAUAAAGAUGGUUUAUUUGACAA